GCCUCCAGUACGGUGUUUCUGGAGAUUGUGACAGUAGUCAAUCAGUGUGCCACUGUUUGACCACGAUAUUUUCAGAUUCCAGAGGAUAUUUGAUCAUUAGCUGAUCAACAUGCCUCAGAACGAGUAUAUUGAGCGGUGGACGAAGCAGCACGGUAGACGCUUCGAUUAUGAGGAGCGGAAGCGCAAGCGGCUCGCCCGUGAGGGUCACAAGCAGUCGCAGGAUGCCCAGAAACUGCACGGCUUGAGAGCCAAGCUGUACCAGAAGAAGCGUCAUGCCGAGAAGAUCCAGAUGAAGAAGCAGAUCAAGGCCCACGAAGAGCGCAAUGUCAAGUCAUCUCAGCCCUCGGAACCCUCAUCGACUCCUUUGCCGCAGUACUUGCUUGACCGAUCUCAGCCGACGCAAGCCAAGGCUCUGUCGAGCGCAAUCAAGAACAAGCGUGCGGAAAAGGCGGCCAAAUUCAGCGUUCCUCUGCCGAAAGUCCGGGGUAUUUCUGAGGAGGAGAUGUUUAAGGUUGUUAAGACGGGCAAGAAGACUGCCAAGAAGGGCUGGAAGAGAAUGAUCACGAAGCCGACUUUCGUUGGCCCUGACUUCACCCGACGACCCGUUAAGUAUGAGCGCUUCAUCCGUCCCAUGGGUCUCCGUUACAAGAAGGCCAAUGUCACACACCCUGAGCUCGGUGUCACUGUCCAGCUCCCCAUCAUCUCUGUUAAAAAGAACCCUCAAAAUCCCAUGUACACACAACUUGGUGUGUUGACCAAGGGUACCAUCCUUGAGGUGAACGUCAGCGAGUUGGGUCUGGUCACUGCCGGAGGAAAGGUCGUCUGGGGUAGAUGGGCUCAGGUUACCAACAACCCUGAAAAUGAUGGCUGUGUGAAUGCGGUUCUCCUUGUUUAAUUUCCUGGCACUCAUGAGAUUAUCUUGUCACUACCGAGGCGUUCUUGGUGUUUUCAAAGGGCCUGUAGGAGGCAUUACGUUUAGAUAUUAGGGAAGCAUAGUAGAUUCGAAAUGCUUUGACAAUCAAAAUAUGUGCUUUGAUUCUUCUUUCUCAUGGUUCAAGUAAAGACAAAUAACAUGAUGGCUUUUCAUUAAACAGAUUGUAUGAUGGUCACUAGAGGCUGACCGUGACUGUUUUAGAAAGAAAACGUUCGCUAACUGAGACA